AUGUCGUCGGUGAACGUGUCGUCGGUGAACGUGUCGUCGGUGAACGUGUCGUCGGCGAACGUGUCGUCGGUGAACGCGUCGUCGUGGUCGUGGUCGUCUCUGACCCUGACGGGGUUCUGGGACCCGGGGCCCCUCAGGUCCCUGUGGUUCCUGCUGCUCCUGCUGUUCUACCUGCUGCUCCUGGGCUCAAACCUUCUGGUCAUCGCGGCGAUCGUCCUGGACCGGACUCUUCAUCAGCCCAUGUACGUGCUCCUCGCCAGCCUCCUCGUCAACCAGCUCUGCGGGAGCGGCGCCAUCUUCCCCUUCCUGCUGCACCACCUGCUGCGGCGCGAGCACGUGGUCUCGCACGCCGCCUGCUUCGCUCAGGUCUUCUUCCUCUUCUUCUACGGGAACGUUCAGAUCCUGACUCUGGCCGCCAUGUCGUACGACCGCUACGUGGCGAUCUGCCGCCCCCUGCAGUACCACGCGCGCAUGUCGCCUCGGCGGACGCGCCGGCUCCUCCUCCUCGUGUGGCUCCUCCCCCUGCUGGAGGUGGGCUUCAUGGUGUCUCUGAGCGCCCCCUUGAGGCUGUGCGGGACUCACGUCUCUAAAGUUUACUGUGAUAAUUACUCGGUGGUGAAGCUGGCGUGCGGAGACACCACCCUGAACAACGUCUACGGGCUCCUCUACACCUGCCUCAUGCUCCUGUCGGUGCCCGCGCUCAUCCUCUACUCGUACGUGCGCAUCAUCAGGGUUUGCGUGAGCAGCAGCAGCGCCCGCCGCAAGGCCCUGGGCACCUGCGCGCCGCACCUGGCGUCCCUGUUGAACCUGUCGCUGGCGUGUUUCUGCGAGCUGCUCAUGACGCGCUUCGACGUGAGCGACGUCCCCAAGUCCGUCCGAGUCUUUCUGUCCCUGUUCUUCCUCACGUGUCCCCCGCUCUUCGACCCGCUCGUCUACGGACUCUCCCUCCGCAGGGUGCGCCGCAGCUGCCAGGCGCUGCUCCUGUCAGACACACGCUCAGCCUGA